GACGUCACCGACGACAGACACCCCCCCUCCACACACACACACACACGCACACACAGCCUCGCCUCCUACAUGUCGUACUCUCGGUCCCGCUCCCGGUCGCCCGUGUCGUCGCGGUCGCGGUCUCGGUCGCGGUCGCGGUCGCAGUCGCCUGGCGGACGGGCGUCUGCUGCUGCUGCGUCGUCGACGGGCGGCGGACGGGCCAAUGGUGGCGAGGAAGAGUAUGCCAAGCAUCCGUUCCUGAGGGUGACGAUGGGUGAGGCGACCAAGGUGGGGUCGGGCAUGUCGUCGUACACGGCAUACGAUGUGGUCUCCACGGCUGAGCUUCCGGGCUUUGCCGCCGGCGAGCACACGGUGGUCCGUAGGUACUCGGACUUUAGCUGGCUCGCCGAGGAGCUGGCUCGCGAGUGCCCCGGCGCCGUCGUCCCGCCGCUCCCGGUCAAGAAUGCCACGUCGCGGUUCGACGAGGCCUUUGUGGCACGACGCAAGAACGAGCUGGAGAAGUUCCUCUACCGCUGCGCCUGCCAUCCGCUGCUGCACUCGGCCAAGGCGCUGGUCCUCUUCCUUCAGUCCAAGGACAAGCUUCCGUGGCAGAACAAGUCUUGGGGCUCGGGCUUGCUCAAGAAGAUGUCCAAGGUGGCCGGCUCGGUCUCGUCGUACGUCAUCACCGCUGCCGAGGAGCCUGACCCUUGGUUUGCGGAGAAGAAGGACGAGGUCGAGGCCUGGGGCAAGCAGCUCUCCGAGCUCGCAAAGUGCGCUAACCAGCUGCUCAAGCUCCGCCUCUCCAUGUCUGAGGCUCACUCGGAGUUCUCCGCUGGUGCCACCGCUGUGGCCCAGUCGGAGGCCAACCCCGGCCUCGAGCGCGCCUUCAACCGCCUCGCCGACGUCGCCGACACCUCCAACACCAUCUACUCGGAGCAAGCCGAGGGCGCGCUGAGCCAGCUCGUCGUCGACCUCGAGGAGUACGAGCGCAUCGUCGCUGCGGUCAAGGCCGCUCUCGCCGCCCGCGCCCAGGUCUUUGGCGAGUGGGCCAAGGCCAAGAGCGACCUGGCCAAGAAGGAGGAUAACUUGGCUAAGGUCAAGGCCAACCCCAAGAAGGCCAACAAGGUUGCGUCCGCCAAGGACGACCUCGACGCUGCCAUCACUAACGAGGCGGAGUCCAAGGUUGCCUUUGAGGAGAUCACCGAAGUCGUCCGCGAGGAGCUUGCCCGGUUCGAGGGCGAAAAGAUUCUCGACUUUCGUGCAUCGCUCGUUGCCGUCGUCGAGUCGUUUAUUGCUGCAGAGUCGGACCUCAUCGACGCUUGGCAGGGCCUCAUGCCCGACGUCAAGGCCAUUUCGCACGAUUGAACACGAUUGUCCCUGGCCCCAUGUUCUACGUAGAGUGCCGUCGACGUAAAGUCGAACCGACACUU